GCAUUAAGAACAACUUAGUGUUGUCUCCAUUAUCGAUCAAUGUCGUUCUAAACAUGGUGGCCGCUAGAUUAGCUGGCCCCGCUUUAGAACAUGUGAUGGGCCAUUUAGGGUUCAAAACCAUCUCUGAUAUUCAUUCCAACUCUUCUGAGAUCAUGGCGGUCGCGGCUGGCGAUGGAGAGAAUGGGGGUCCUGUUUUUACUAUGGUGAAUGGUGUUUGGGUUGAUAAAGAGUUUGCUUUAAACCCUAGUUAUGAGAAGGUUCUUAGAGAGAGAUUUGAUUGUGAAUUCAAUACUGUUGAUUUUCAAACUCAGGCUGAGGAAGUGGUAGAAGAAGUAAACAUAUGGGCUGAGAAAGCAUCGAGAGGGCUUAUCACAAACAUUCUAGAACCCGGUUCCUUAGAUCCAAUGACACAACUUGUUCUGGCAAACGGACUCUACUUCAAAGGAACGUGGUCCAAAAAAUUUGAUGCAAAUCUCACUCAAAACCGAGACUUUUAUCUUCUCAACGGAGAUAAAAUUUCAACCCCAUUCAUGUCUAGUCGAAAAGACUAUCUAUUCAGAUCAUUCAACGAUUUCAAGGUCCUCAAAAUACCAUACCAUUGUGGGAAUUUCAAAUCACUCGACAACACCAAAAUCGAUGACAUCAAUACCGAUGACUCCGAUUACGACUCUGAUUACGACAACACCAACGACGGCACCCCCCGAUUCUCUAUGUUCUUCUUGCUCCCAAACAAGAUAGACGGACUUCCAAAUCUUUUGGAAAAGCUAAAUUCCGAUUGUGGGUUGUUGGAUCAGAGCCUCAUGAACUUGUGGAAAGCGGAGCUCAACAAGUUUUGGAUCCCGAAAUUCAAAUUCUCGUUCGAUUUUAAGGUUUGCAAGGCCAUGGAGGACAUGGGAGUAUCAUUGAAUGUUAAAUCAGAAACAGUUGUUUCAACCAUUCUUCAUAAAGCUUGUGUUGAGAUAGACGAGGUAGGCACGGAGGCUGCAGCCAUUACUGUCAGCAUGUUAAUGGGAUGUUCACUGUAUGAGCCAGAAAAAGUUAACUUUGUUGCGGAUCAUCCUUUCUUAUUCAUGAUCAAGGAAGAGGUCUCGGGGUUGGUUAUUUUCGCAGGUGCAGUACUCAAUCCGGCAGAAGUUUCGUUUUAG